AUGCAAGAACCUCCUGACCCACUCGCAGGCUUAAUUCAAGUGCUACCAGGAGGCGUGUCGCUGUCAGUUCCUACUAGUCAAAUCAAGGCAAAACUACCGAAACUUGUUCUCCCUAAAUUUCGCGGUGAAGUCACGACUUGGGUGGGAUUUUGGUACUCAUACAAGUCUGCAGUGCAUGACGAUGUAAAUCUCUCAAAAAUUGAUAAAUUCAACUAUUUGAGAUCACUAUUGGAAGGUGCCGCCAGCCAAGCCAUUCAAGGUCUUGCUUUAUCAAGUGACAACUAUGAUUCCGUAGUGAAAAAAAUUGAGCAACGAUUUGGUAAAACACAACAGAUCAUCUCUGCACACAUGGAAGAAAUUCUAAAAUUACAACCGUGCCUAACAGACUGUCCAUCGUGUCUUCAAUUUCUCUACGAUAAAUUAAGCGUACAUGUGCAAGGUCUUUCCUCUCUGGGGGUGUCGUCCCAGGAAUGUGGCAGUCUGUUAAUUCUGAUCAUAAUGUCUAAACUUUCCAACGAAAUACGGCUGAAGAGCGCAUGA